AUGUCCACUCUGGAUCAACUUAACAGUGUGCAUGGCUUACCUGACUCCGUUCCAAGGUAUACCUACCAAGGACUGAGAUACUUCAAUAGAAUCCUCGACUUCGAAAUUGAACGGCUUGGUCUAGUAAGUGGCGGCGAACCCAAGAAGGACGCAGAAGGAAAUCCUCUGGACACCCCGGUAAAGUUUCGAAAGGACUUCGAAAAGACCAAAGGCAGGGUGUGGACCGACUAUAUCAUCUUCUCCAUCGAUUAUGACACCUUCUAUCGCGACUUCGAUUACGAAGCUGACCCAGUUUACCAUACCCGUUUCACAUUCCUCCCAGAAAUAAACGCCUUGGUUGUUCAGUUGAACGGUUACCCCGAAUUCUCUCAGAUAGUCUCCAUGCUCCCCUGCUACAUCAGCAAUGCAUUAGAUCCAAUGGAUCAACUUAAAACUAGAAGAGGCAUUGGCUGCGUUGGUGGCACGACCUGGAGGAUGGGAAAUGGCGGUAUAAAAGAAGCCAGUUCAUCAUGGCUCAGAUACUCUCCCCCAAGAACUCAACUGCCAGACAGGGUCCUUGAGGUCAGUGUCUCUGGUAAAUACACGAAACUUCUUCGUGAUGUUGAUCAAUGGCUUGACCCUGCAAAUGGAAAUGUCAACAUUGCUUUAAUAGCGCUUGUGGAUCAUUUGAAGCCUUUCAUCGCUCUUGAACGUUGGGAAUAUGACCAUCAAAAUGCCCGACCACGGAAAAUGCAGCGCAUCGAGAUUAAGAAAUCCGAAUCUAGUGAUGAAUUCAGUGGCGAAUCCAGCAACGAAUAUGACAAGUCUUUGGAGGCAAUCGAAGUUUCUGGAAGUCCUCUUAUACUCCCUUUCAAUAUUCUCUUUGGGCGUGAUCAGAUCCAAACGAGCCAAAUGAAACCGAUUCGAAGAUACCAGAAAAAAGCCUAA